AAGGGAUGGUAAGUGUAGAUUUUUUUGGGCCACAGGACCUGAUCUAUGUCUCACAAUGUUUACAUUCUUCACAUUGCUUAAACAAAUUAAUUAAAAAUGUUAAAAUCAAGGAGUAUCGUCAAGUAUUUCUAUAGACACAAGCAUGGAAAGAAUCACUGGUCGGUAGUCGAGAAAAAGAUUUUUACAAAAGAUCGAGCUCUUCAGAAUCUUGAUGAUUUUUACACAAAUGUGUACGGGAUUCGGUGGAAAUCAAUGAGAUUAGGUCUAUUAAGCAAGCAAAAGUAUAUAGCUAUGGUGAAUAAUUUCGGUGAGGAUGAGAAAGUUUCGGAAAUGUUUGAACGAGAUGGAGCUAUUAAUAUUAGGACUUUAUAUGAAGUCACAAAGAGGAAUCUGGAAGAUGAAAUGGGAAAGUUCUAUGUGGAUGAGAAUUACGCAAAUAAUGCCUUAGGACAUGACUCAAAAAUUGACAAUAUAUUCCAGAAAAAGAGAUCAGAAGAAAUUACAGGAAUUUAUGCUGAUAAGGAACAUGCUGAGAAUGUGGAAGUGCCAAGAUUAACAGAAGAGAAUGACAGCGAUAAAGAAAGUGACGAUGAGAAUGAAAUAAUGGAAGAUGUAAAGAAGUUUAAGAGACCAUUAGAACAAGUCAUGAGAGAAGAUUCAGCCAUAGAUUAUAGUCGGAUUAUUGAUCCGAAUUUCGUCGAAUCAGCACUUUACGAGUAUGUACCAGCUACAAAAAUUAAAGGAUUAGAGGAUUUUGUGCCUGAAUCAGAGCAUUAUAGAUACUAUAGUAAUUCUGCUGAUUUUCCAUUAAAAGUCGAAAUGGAGACAGAAUUUUCAAUUCCUGAAAAUCUACAGAUGUACACUUAUGAAAUGGGAAACAUUACAGACUUCCGUAUACCUUAUAGAACAAUUACUGCUGUUAGUUCUCAUUUUCUUAUGAAUGGCUCAUCAAUUUUACCUCCAUUAGCACUGAAUCUUAAGCCUGGCGAUGUAAUAUUUGAUGCUUGUGCAGCUCCCGGCGGUAAAUCGUUUCUAAUGCUUCAAACUUUAUUGCCUAAACUCCUCGUUAGUAAUGAUGUCAUGGAAAGUCGUGCAAAUAAAAUCCGUAAAUUAAUGCAGGAAUUUGUGUAUGAUUUUAAGUCAUCGUGGAAGAAUCAUCGAUGCGUUGUUCGUGAGGAAGAUGCACGCAUAACCAGUGAAUAUGCUUCAUAUGACAAAGUUCUGGUGGACGUACCAUGUACAACAGAUAGACAUUCAGUGAAUGAAAGUGACAACAAUAUUUUCAAACCAGCAAGAAUAAAGGAACGACUCAGAAUUCCAGAAUUACAAUCUCAAAUCCUCUCAAAUUGCAUUCGAUUGUUAAAGCCAGGCGGAGAUUUAGUCUAUUCAACCUGUUCCCUCAGUCCAAUUCAAAAUGAUGGAGUAAUUCACAUGGCUUUAUCAAAUGUAUUUAAGGAACAUGGUAUUUCAGUAACAAUUAAGGAUCUAUCGAUGGUAAUGAAGCCGUUCCAAUGUAUUUUUAAAUUUGAGCAUCCAAAAGGCUUAAAAUAUGGACAAAUGGUGCUGCCGUAUCUUCCAGCUAAUUUCGGACCCUUGUACUUCUGUAAAAUGACAAGGAAUUAAAUAAAAAUCAGUCUUUUUAGUCUUAUAG